AUGGCCGCGCCGACAGUGUACGAGGGAGUACACGGGAAGUGCGUGGGCUCGCUCUUCAAUGGAAUUAAGUUCUGGGUUUCUAUGCGGGUCCCAUUACGGAGCAUGCUGACCUCGCGGAAGGACAAUGGCGGCAACAUCGUCCUCCUAGAAAAACACGCCGACGUCUUGAUUGCCGACCACGCCAGGAAAGAUACUCCCGCUGGUUCCGUUUCGUGGAAGUAUGUCGAAGACUCGGUGGCCAAGGGCGAGCUCUUAAACAUCGAAGAUUACCAGAUAUGCCACACGGCCCCGCGGACGCGCAGUUGUCCCCUUGCAUCUGCUCAUCCCUCCCAGUAUCCGCAGCACAGCUGGCAAUCAUGGCGAACCAAAUGGGUCAAGAACAUGGCCCUACUGCGAGAGGAGCUGUUACCGAAGCCUCUGCCGGAUCUGUUUCCUCCCGGAGGGCCACCGGCCAACGGCCCGCCAACCGCGGCUCAGGAAAGUAAAAGUCGUGCCGCUGCGCGUGCCCCGACCGCCCAAUUUGCUGAGAUACAUCCUCAGCUAGCGUCAGGAGCUCGGGCGAGCCCGCGCGAAUCCGAGGAUCUCUCGGAUGCUCCUACGGAAAGAGUCCGCUUCACCGCCGAGGACGACGAGAUUCUCAUGCAGUAUGUGCGUAAAUGUGUCCAGGCGGGCCUGAAACCAAAGGGCAACAAUAUAUAUAUCGACUUGGAGAAUAAGAGGCCGCUCAAAUCUGCGGCGGAGUCUUCGGAGUCCGAGAAAGAGCCUGGCCGUUCUCCACACACCUCAGCGCCAGCAAAGCCGUCUGAGCCCGAGUCCCAAAGGCAAGACUCGCCGCUUCGUGCGGAUGCAACCUCGGCCAACGGCCGGCCGACUGCGCGGGAAAGCACCCCGCCGGUGCUGACGAUGAACGAGUUCUGGACUUCCCUCCACCAAUUCAACGAGGUUGCUGGUUCCGAGCCGAAGCCAUGGGUGCAGAUCGGGCAGCGCUGCGUCGAUCUCUGGGACCUGUGGCGGUUUGCCACCGAGGAGCCGCACCACGCGUCUCGCGACUGGGAGGCCAUCUCGGAGAAGCUGGGGUUUGACUGGAUCGUGCAGCCCGAGGUGCCAGUGCAUGUGCGAACCGCUUUUGAGAAGCAUCUUUUGGAGUUUGAGAAUGUUCUGCGCGAGUUUGAGGGGUUUAGAAAGGGUGAGAGCGGCGAUUCGCAGGGGGACGAGGAGGAGGAAGGGGAAGGGGAAGAGAAGGAGGACGAGGGGGAGGAUGAUGAAGAGGAGGAGGAGGAGGAUGCUGUCAACCAUGUCAAUGGCCGCGAUACAGCCCCUCAACCCUCAGACAUCGCCUUCGCUUCUUCUCCCCCUAUCCUUGGGUUGAAAAGGGGUAGGGGUUCCUCCGCUGCCUUCUGGCAUAGCCCAAUCAGCAAGCGGCCGCGUCGCGAUCCGAGCAGCGAGAUCCCCUGCACGCCCGAGGGCCGGCAUCAACAGGACGGCCAAGCAGCCGCGGCCGCUGCCGUCUGGGAGUCUCCUGCCAGAGCCCCGCGCGUUGUUCAAGGGGGCGAGCGGCCGAAUAACGAUGAAGAGGAGGAACUGGAAGAGGAGGAGGAAGAAGACGAGGAAGUGGAGGAAGUGCUGACCCCCUCGCGGCAGUUGCAACUGGAAGUCGAAGCAGCGUCUCCUGACCUGGGCUCCGCCGGGAACAUCGCGAUCACUUCCUCCCGAACCAGCCAGCCUCUCUCCUUUGCUCAACGCGACGACAGCGACGCGAUCGACAGCAACUCGAGCUCCUCGAGCGACGGUUUUGAAGCCAUAAGCGAGCUCCCACGCAGGACGUCUGGAAACAUGAGAGCAGCCCCUCAUCACGAUAACCCCUCUCGACGGACAUUGCCAGCCUCAUGGUCUACUGGAAACAUGAGAGCAGCCCCUCAUCACGAUAAACCCUCUCGACGGACAUUGCCAUCCUCAUGGUCUACUGUCAAAGGCAAGCAACCAGCUAAUUCUCGUACCCCGAGCGCCACGCCUGCGCCGGCGCCCUGUCCUCCCUCCUCCACUACUGCCAAAGGCAAGCAACCAGCUAGUGCGCCUACUCCCAGCACCACGACUGCUCGGACGCCGGCGCCAACACCCUCCAACCGGGAGCUCGUAAUCCAGCGCUACCUCUCCCAGCAGGCCGACUUCGCCCCGGCACUCGACCGGGAGGCGUACCGUCUCCUGGUCCAGCAGGCGGUCGCGGCAGCGACGUGCGAGAACCGCAGCACGAGCGUGGCGCUGCGGAGCCUCGUCGCUGGGGGGCCGAUCCCGGCGGACGCGCCCGGCGUCUGGACGGCCGAGGACGACCGGCAGCUGAGGUACAUCGGGCCGCACGUCGACGGCCUGCGAGGCUCGCUGGUGUUUGGGCGCGAGGACCGGGCGCCCUUUGGCGGCGACGAGCGGGCGUGGGCUCUGUUCUGGCAGCUGGCUAAGAAGCAUGGUGCCGAUCGGGUGCUGCGGCGGCGCGAGUGGUUGAAGGCGUGGGAUGCUGUUGCUCCGUCUGGCGAAGCUGAGGGUGUCUGA